AUGUCUUCUGUCCAGCCAGAUCAGUCACUGGCAUUCUACCUCUUUGGGGACCAGUCCCUUGACACGCACGCUUUCCUCGCAAGCGCCUUCCUCAAACCCAAGAAAGGCACUCUUGCAAAAGCGUACUUGGAUCAGGUUGGCUAUGCAAUCCGACGCGAGAUAGAUCAGCUUCCCAGGACAGAGCGUUCGAAACUACCCGAAUUCCUCAAUUUACAGCAACUCAAUGAGAGAUACUAUGGACAGCCCAUCAAACACCCUGGCAUUGACGGUGCCCUUUUGUGCAUAUCACAAUUGGCUCAUUACAUAGAUCAUAUUGAGAGUAAUCACGAUGACCUCGCCAGACCGGAGAAUACAUGCCUUGUCGGCCUAUGCUCCGGGCUCUUUGCAGCCACCGCAAUCGCCUGCACGAAAUCGUUGUCAGAAUUGGUACCACUGGCCGUCCAAGUGACCCUCAUGUCUUUCAGGGUUGGACGACACGUAUAUAAGGUUGCCGAACAGAUAUACCCCACGGCCGAAAAAUCCGAGAGCUGGACAUAUAUCUUCACCAAUAUUUCGGAAGGCGCUGCCAGUCAGGUGGUCCAUGAUUUCAAUAAGAAAAGCGGCUGGAACCGCGUCAACCGGCUAUAUAUGAGUGCCAGCUCCUCCCAGAGUGUCGCCAUUUCGGGUCCUCCUUCCUCUCUGAAGGCCUUCGCCAGUGGACACAACUUUGGCGGGAAGACCAACGUAACCUCGAUCCCCGUCUACGGACCCUACCAUGCACCACACCUUCACGAUGCUGCCUUGAUCGACGAGAUCCUGCGCCUGGACGACGAGGUGGUGAUUGACGCGCUGCACAGAACGAAGCCGAGAUCCCACGUCAUGUCGUGCUUUUCGGGCGAAUGGGUCACCGACAGGCAACUCACGACGGCGUCGCUGCUGAGGCAGAUUGUUCACGAGAUUUUGAUGGAGCCCUUGCGAUUUACCAAGGUGCUUGACGCAUGUAUUGCAAGGGGAAAGAGCUUCAAGGGAGGAAAGAGCUGCCUCAUCCUCCCGCUCGGUCCUACCCAGAACGGCGCCACUCUCGUUGGGCUGAUCAAAGCCCACACAAACCUGGAAGUCACGUUCCGGGACUGUCCCCCCAUCUCCCCCGAAGCAACUGCUUCCCGAAUUGGCAACCACGGGUCCAGUGGCAAGUGCAAGCUCGCCAUUGUGGGCAUGGCUGGUCGCUUCCCCGAUGCCGCCAAUCACGAGAAGCUCUGGGAACUCCUCGAGAAGGGACUCGACGUCCACCGCCUUGUGCCGCCCGACAGGUUCGAUAUCAAGACGCACUAUGACCCUACGGGCAAGGCCAUCAACACCAGUCACACUCCGUACGGCUGCUGGAUCGAGCAGCCGGGCUUGUUUGAUCCGCGCUUCUUCAACAUGUCGCCCCGUGAGGCCUUCCAGACCGACCCCAUGCAGAGAAUGGCCUUGACAACAGCCUACGAAGCACUGGAGAUGUCGGGAUACGUCCCCAACCGAACACCCUCCACCCGACUGGACCGCAUCGGUACCUUCUACGGGCAGACGUCAGACGAUUGGCGUGAGAUUAACGCGGCCCAGGAGGUCGACACCUACUUCAUCACCGGUGGUGUCCGUGCCUUUGGUCCUGGCCGUAUCAAUUACCACUUCGGCUUCAGUGGCCCUAGUCUCAACAUCGAUACUGCCUGUUCCUCCAGCGCCGCAGCGCUUCAGGUUGCCUGUACUGCUCUCUGGGCUCGCGAUUGCGACACCGCUAUCGUGGGCGGCUUGUCUUGCAUGACCAACCCAGACAUCUUUUCGGGUCUGAGCAGAGGUCAAUUCUUGUCCAAGAAGGGGCCUUGCGCGACCUUUGAUAAUGAAGCCGACGGCUACUGCCGUGGUGAUGGCUGCGCUUCGGUUGUCGUCAAGCGAUUGGAAGAUGCUCAGGCCGACAACGACAGAGUUCUCGCCGUCGUUCUCGGCACCGCGACCAACCACUCAGCCGAUGCUAUUUCCAUCACUCAUCCCCACGGGCCAACUCAGUCUACGCUUUCUCAAGCGAUCUUGGACGACGCUGGUGUGGAUCCGCACGAUGUUGACUACGUGGAGAUGCACGGGACGGGCACUCAAGCAGGAGACGGCACCGAAAUGGUGUCUGUUACCAAUGUCUUUGCACCAGCGCAGCGUAAGAGGCCCCAAGACAGGCCUCUCUAUCUUGGUGCCAUCAAGGCCAAUGUCGGCCAUGGUGAGGCGGCUUCUGGAAUCACUGCCCUUUGCAAGGUGCUCUUGAUGCUUCACAAGAACGCCAUCCCUCCCCACGUCGGCAUCAAAAAGGGGUCGAUCAUCAACAAGACCUUCCCCAAGGACCUGUCUGACCGUAACGUCAACAUCGCCUUCCAUUUGACCCCGUUCAAGCGCAGAGAUGGCAAGCCCAGGCGUGUCUUCAUCAACAACUUCAGUGCCGCUGGUGGUAACACUGGCAUUCUGGUUGAAGAUGCCCCCAAGACCGCACCAACUUUGCCCGAUCCACGCAGCUGCCAUCUCGUCACCAUCACUGGCAAGUCCAAAGCUGCCAUGAUUCGGAACGCAGAGAAUCUUGCCCAGUGGAUGAACAAGCAUACGGAUGCGUCGCUCGCAGACAUUUCUUACUCCACAACCGCGCGCAAGAUCCAACACUACUGGCGCAUGAGCGUCACCGCUUCGAGCGUGAGUGAAGCGCAGAGUGCUAUCCUGAAUCGCCUCAAGGAGAACUUUGUUCCUGUUACCCCUGAGCAGCCAAAGGUUGCUUUCUUAUUCACCGGCCAAGGCUCGCAAUACACCGGCAUGGGCAAGGAGCUGUACGAAAACUACUCCGUUUUCCGGGAGAGCCUUCAUGAGUUUGACCGUCUUGCUCGCCUUCACGGUUUCGAGUCUUUCCUUCCCUUGAUUGACGGUACUGCCCAGGAUGUCACCAAUCUGUCACCCGUCAUCACACAGCUCGGUCUUUGCUGCUUUGAGAUGGCGCUUGCAAAGCUUUGGGAGUCAUGGGGGAUCAAGCCAGCCGUGGUAAUGGGCCACAGUCUCGGUGAGUAUGCCGCGCUGAACGUUGCUGGCGUCCUCAGCGCCAGCGACACCAUCUACCUUGUCGGCACUCGUGCGAAACUUCUGGUUGAGAAGUGUACGCUGAACAGCCACGCCAUGCUCGCCGUUCAAGCUCCAGUCAAGGAGGUCCAAAAGGUGUUGGGUAGCAUGGCCUCCAGCGUGAACGUUGCUUGUAUCAAUAGCAACCGUGAGACGGUGCUCAGUGGGCCAACUGAUGUCAUCACCAAACUAGAAGAGGAGCUCAAUGCUGCUGGCCAAAAGGCCAAGAGAUUGCUCGUUCCGUACGCGUUCCAUUCUGCUCAAGUCGACGCCAUCCUCGACGACUUUGAAAAUCUGGCCUCCGCAAUUCUUUUCGAGCGCAUCAAGGUUCCCAUCAUUUCUCCGCUGCACGCUGAAGUUUUGGGUGAAGGCGACAAUGUGGAUGCUAGUUAUCUCCGCCACCACGCCAGAGAGGCCGUCAACUUCCAAGGUGGACUCUUCAGAGCCCAGGAGAAGAAUGUCAUCGACGAGAAGACCGUGUGGCUCGAGGUUGGCCCCCACGCAAUUACAGUGGGCAUGGUCAAGGCUGCCUUUGGUGCCACGACCAUUGCUGUGCCGACUCUCCGCCGAACAGACCAUCCUCAGGCCUUCAAAACUCUCACUGCUACUCUUAGCACGUUGCACUCCGCUGGAUUGAACAUCGACUUCAGUGAGUAUCACCACGACUUCCUCCAAUGCGUCCGCCUCCUCGACCUACCCAGUUAUUCCUUCGACGAAAAGAAUUACUGGCUUCAGUAUACAGGUGACUGGUGUCUCACCAAGAACCGUAUCGCAAACCAGGGAGGGGCGAAGCAGAUCGGUUCCAGCAAGCCGCGACUAUCUACCACGACAGUUCAGCGAGUGAUCAGAGAAGAGGUCAAGGAUGAUGUGGCGAUUGUUGAGAUUGAAUCUGAGCUUCAUGAGGAGAACCUCAAGAAGGUGGUCACAGGUCACUUGGUCAAUGGUGCGCCGCUUUGCCCGUCCACGCUAUAUGGCGAUAUGGCCAUGACGGUGGCCGACUAUGCCUACAAACUCCUGCGUCCCGAAACCGAGAAGAUUGGCUGCAACGUCGCAAAGAUGGAAGUCCCCAAGACACUCAUCUUCAAUGACACUGCCAAGAGCCACAUCCUAAGACUCACGGUCACGGCCAACGCGCAGGCUGGAUACGCUGACCUUGUGUUCACCACUGGGGAUGGACCGAAAAAGACAGAACACGCCACAUGCAAGGUUUAUUAUGGCGACCUCGAGGACUGGCAACACGAGUUCGAUAAGAUGGCCUACUUGAUCAAGACCCGCAUUGACUCCCUCAAGCAACAAGAGCAGCGGGGUGAGGCUUCCAAGAUUGGCCGCGGUCUCGCGUACAAACUGUUUGGUGCCCUGGUUGAUUACAAUCGUCGUUACCAGGGCAUGGAGGAGGUCAUCCUGGACAGUGAAACCUGUGAAGCCACUGCCAGGAUUCGUUUCCAGACCACGGAGAAUGAUGGCGAGUUCUACUUCAGCCCCUACAACAUCGAUAGCUUGUGUCACAUCUCCGGCUUCAUUAUCAACGGCACUGAUGCUGUGGAUUCUCGGGAGCAGGUGUUCAUUUCCCACGGCUGGGGCUCCAUGAGGUUCACUGAGAUUCCUGAUCGCAAGAAGGAAUACCGCAGUUACAUCCGCAUGCAACCCGUCAGGGGAAGCAAGAUGUUCUCCGGUGAUGCCUACGUCUUUGAUGGAGAAAGGGUCAUCGGUAUUGCUGGUGACAUCAGGUUCGCUGCGAUCCCUCGCAAGGUUCUCAACAUGCUGCUGCCUCCCCGUGGAGCCGCCGCUGCCGCUAUGGGAAGUAGGGCGCCGGCUCCGGUUCGCGCCGCGCCCCCUCCCGCUCCAACUGCCAAUUCCGCAUCGGCUGGCAAGAAGAAGAAGAAGGAGACUGUCACACCGGACACUAUCGGCAGAGUCAACCAGAAGCUCAAGGGCGGAGUGGUUGCACAGGUCCUGGACAUUCUUGCCAGGGAGGUGGGCUGCAGCCAUGAUGAGCUUGCUGACAACAUUGCCUUUACCGAUCUGGGUGUUGACUCUCUCAUGUCCUUGACCGUAUCCGGAAAGAUUCGCGAGGAGCUUGACCUAGAUAUCCCCUCUGGUGCCUUUGUCGAUCACCCGACCAUUGGUGCGCUCAAGGGCCACCUUGCCCAGUAUGAGAAGGCUGGCGCGAACGAGCCCAUCUCUUCCAGCGCGUCUGAUGGCUCGUCCGAUGACGAAUCCCCAGAGCUUGAUUCCGAGUCCAAUGUCACCACUCCCCUUGAUGAGAGCGAAGCUAAUUCAGUCAAGGGUGAGGGUUCUCGAAUUGAAUCCGGAGGAGGAGAGAAGAACAACAACGAGUUCCAGAGCCUUGUUCGGAACACCAUCUCGCAAGAAAUGGGAGUUGACAUUGAGGAGAUUCAAGCUGCCCCUGAUCUGGCAAGUCUUGGUAUGGACUCACUUAUGAGUCUGGCUAUUCUUGGCACCUUACGAGAGAAGAUGCACAUGGACAUCUCGUCCGAUCUCUUCGUGACCAACCCUUCAUUGAAGGACGUCGAGCGUGCACUUGGUAUUAGUGACGCUCCCAAGAAGGCUGCCUCAAAACCAACCUCUAGACCUGCCAAGUCCAAGAGUCAGGAGCCUUCGCCUACGAACAAUUCAUCCAGCGCAUCGAGUGUUCGGAAGGAGCACCCGAGAAUUGGACUCGAAGAGCCUUGCCCCCCAAAGCCUCCGCGUCCCACUAGAAUUGUCGACGACUACCCAAACCGUAAAGCAACCUCUACCCUACUGUCUGGAAGUCUAAAGACUGCGACCAAGCAGCUCUUCAUGGUUCCCGACGGUAGUGGUAGCGCCACCUCCUAUACUGAGAUUUCCAAUGUCGGCGGUCAGUGGGCUGUCUGGGGCCUUUUCUCUCCCUUCAUGAGGACUCCGGAUGAGUACAACUGUGGUGUCUACGGUAUGGCUGCCAAGUUUAUCGAGGAGAUGAAGCGGCGUCAGCCGAAAGGCCCCUAUUCUCUUGCUGGCUGGAGCGCCGGUGGCGUCAUUGCCUAUGAAAUCGUCAGCCAGCUCGUCAAGGCCGGCGAUGAGGUCGAGAAUCUCAUCAUCAUCGAUGCUCCAUGCCCUGUUACCAUCGAGCCCCUGCCACAGGGUCUGCACGCUUGGUUUGCUUCCAUCGGCCUUCUUGGUGAAGGCGGCGACGAGAAGAAGAUCCCUGAGUGGCUCCUGCCGCACUUCGCUGCCUCCGUCACGGCCUUGAGCAACUACGACGCAGAGCCUAUUCCCAAGGAAAAGUGCCCCAAGGUGACAGCUAUUUGGUGCGAGGACGGCGUCUGCAAGCUCCCGACCGAUCCGCGCCCGGAGCCCUAUCCCAAGGGCCAUGCCCUGUUCCUCUUGGAUAACAGAAGUGAUUUCGGACCCAACAGGUGGGAUGAGUACCUGGAUGUCAACAAGAUGACCUUCAGACACAUGCCUGGCAAUCACUUCUCUAUGAUGAAGGAUGACUUGGCCAAGCAACUCGGUUCUUUUCUUCGGGAGGCUUUAACAUGACCAUCCGCCAUUCAGCCUGGUCUAGAUGAAGAGGCCUCAGACUGAUCUUGGCGACAAGAGGACCGCAGCAGCAACUCAGGACCAGACAAGAGGAGUGUGAAGGAACAUUCGAACUCCCAACCGUCUACGACCAAAACUGGUGAGGAGGAAAGGGAAAAAAAAAAAAAAAAAAAAAAGAGUUGGAGAGAUAGAUGUAAAAAUGAGCCGGGGAAGGUUUGUGAAAUUAUGACCUGGGUUUCGGCGUUUGGGAGUCUUGGUUACGUGGACCUGGCUGGACCUGGGAACAACGGAGGGAUUCUGGGAAUCGUUAUCUUUUUCUGUGUUCGUUUGGCUUUUUGGAUUUCCACUGGGUGGCUUUCUCCCGGUUCCUUCGCAUGUCUUUCUCUGUGGAUAUGCUCGUUGGAUUUCUUCCUCUUACGCGCAGUUUGUUCUUCAUUCCGUCGUUUACUUUCCUGGUCCCCCAAGAUUGACACCUAGGCCAUCUGAUUUUUACAUAGACAUCGCAAUCGUGCAUUUGCAUUGAAGUACUACCGUAUAGACUCGCGGAUUGGCAAAAGACGAUCGAUACCGUGUAAUCAUGUGCAAUUGAGCUUGGGGUAAACACUUUCAUGUAGGUACAAGCAGGGUUAAUGGUAAAGACAAGUAAGUGA